AUGAAAAAUGAAAGCAAGCACAUGGAAAAAACAAAUUUCAAAAAUGGCAUAAUAUAUGUAAUAUAUGACGAGAUUUAUGAUACACAUAGGAAGGAAAAAAGGCGGAGAAAUUAUUACUGCAAAAUUGUGAGGUUCCCCAACCCUCCAGUGCUAACAAUCAGGGCGUUAAGUGAGGUGUACAAUUUGAAGGACAGAGUGGAGUACCUCCCUCGUAGUUGCCAUUUCGGCGUAGUAAACACGCACAGUUAUUUCAAUGGGGAAAAAAGGAGCGUCUACGAGACGCUGCUCCUUAUGCAUGCCCUGAAUGGCAAAAGGGGGGUGGCAAAGAGCGCGAGUGGUGAAGCGGGCGUGAAAUUUAACGGUGAAGGAACAAAUGACGAGGAAGCGAACCCUAGCGGCGAAGGAUCAAAUGACCAGCGCAACAACGACGCCACAGCGUUGACCAAUGUAGGAAGCACCAGGAAACAUGAACACCUCCACUUAUUUCACAUUUUGAACGAAGCACACCAAGUGUAUGAAUAUUUUUUUUACUUGUAUGGCAAAUGCUACCAAAAUUACACGCGCCCAUUUUUCCUACACAUAAAUCUAAACUACAAUUUGAUCAGAGGAUUUAUAAAAUUGCAAUGCAUGAAUGACCGCAUGUCAAGCAAGUACAAAAAUGUGUCCCUCGACAGUAUGAUGAAUAGGCUGAUAAAAUUGCUGCAUUUGUUUUCACAGCUUGGGAAGGAUUACGAGCGAGUUGAGUGCAUCGUCUUGUACGUAUAUUUCUACACCUUUUUAUGUGUGCCCUUUUGUUUCUACCCAUGGGGUUGCCCCGAUUUCGAUCGCUUAAGUAGGAAAAUACGCAGCGACGGGAAUGUUAAUAUGCUCAUUAACCAUGUGCACGCCAAUAAAAAGAGCUUAUUUUCUCUCCUCCUAAAUAUUACGGAAGAAACAGAUGGUUAUUUCGAAACGUACGAUUUUAACUUGGCCAUAUUGAUGAGCGAAGUUGCGGGGGAAAGCGACAAAUUGCAGCCACGCUACGAUGUUAGAAAUGGUCUCCGUCACCUCGACCGUAAUGCCGCUCUCUUCGAAAAGAAGGAAGGACACAUCAACUUGAGUGAAUAUCGCCUACUGAAAGGCAUCGGCUAUAAUUCGCUGAGGCAGCUGUACCAGCCGCACUUCUACCACUUGACAGUGUUGAGACGGACGUUUUUGUUUCACAGCAAAGUGGAAGUCAUUUGGGUUUUUCUGCGCCUCCUGGCCGAACGGGUGGUCGACAUGGACCGGCACUACAGGAGGUGCGCAGUAAAGGUGGGCCAACAGGGGGAGCAACAUCAGCAGCAUCAGCAGGAGCAGCAUCGUUCUGUCUAA